AUGGCCGACUUUGUUAGACUGUCCAUCUUUGGCACCGUGUUCGAGGUCACAACACGGUACACCGACCUCCAGCCUGUGGGCAUGGGCGCAUUCGGACUCGUAUGCUCGGCUCGCGACCAGCUAACCACGCAGGCCGUCGCCGUGAAGAAGAUCAUGCGUCCGUUCAGCUCCUCGGUGCUGGCCAAGCGCACGUACCGCGAGCUGAAGCUGCUGAAGCACCUGCGCCACGAGAACAUUAUCAGCAUGAGCGACAUUUUUAUUUCGCCGCUCGAGGACAUCUACUUUGUCACCGAGCUGCUCGGCACCGACCUGCACCGCCUGCGCCAGUCGCGCCCGCUGGAGAAGCAGUUCAUCCAGUACUUCCUCUACCAGAUCCUGCGCGGCCUCAAGUAUGUGCACUCGGCCGGCGUCAUCCACCGCGACCUCAAGCCGUCCAACAUUGUCAUCAACGAGAACUGCGACCUGAAGAUCUGCGACUUUGGCCUGGCCCGCGUGCAGGACUCGCAGAUGACCGGCUACGUGUCCACCCGCUACUACCGCGCGCCCGAGAUCAUGCUGACGUGGCAAAAGUACGACAUUGCCGUCGACAUCUGGAGCACCGGCUGCAUCCUGGCCGAGAUGUUUGAGGGCACGCCGCUGUUCCCCGGAAAGGACCACGUCGACCAGUUCUCCAUCAUCACUGAGCUGCUGGGCACCCCGCCCGACGAUGUCAUCCAGAGCAUCGCCAGCGAAAACACCCUGCUCUUCGUGCAGAAGCUUCCGCAGCGCAAGCCCGUGCCCUUCAAAACCCGCUUCCCCGACAUUGACCCGCUGGCCAUUGAUCUGCUCGAGAAGAUGCUGGUCUUUGAUCACCACACGAGGAUCACCGCCGCAGAGGCCCUGGCACACCCGUAUUUGGAAACAUACCACGACGAGGCCGACGAGCCCAUCGCCGAUAGCAGGUUCGAUUGGUCUUUCAAUGACGCUGACUUGCCUGUCGAGGAGUGGAAGGUGAUGAUGUACAACGAGAUUCUCGACUUCCUCAACGUCUCCGAGGGCCCCACAUCCAUUCCGCACAUUACCGCUGCCCCACCUGAUCACGCUGCUCAAUUGUUCAUCCUUUUAAUUUGCGUCGACGCCUCACAUCACACACAUCAUUGCACAAGAUAA